CGUUAAGAGGAGAUUAGAUUAGAGAGUUACUCUAAAGACUUGUUCUCUAUUUUGCUGUCACCUUCUCCACAGAAAGCGUCACCUUUUUGUUUUCACCUUCUAGAGACAGAGUAACUCAUUUGUUGGGUUUGUUCUGAAGAUGCAACUUUUUACUAGCUGUUGCGGAAAAGGAUUUGAAGGGAAAAAGAAAGUGGAGACAGAGCCAGCUCGGAAGAUAUUCUCAUUGAAGGAGCUUCACUCAGCCACAAACAGUUUCAACUACGACAACAAACUCGGCGAAGGUCGCUUCGGCAGUGUCUACUGGGGUCAGCUCUCUGAUGGUUCACAAGUUGCAGUCAAGAGACUCAAGGCAUGGAACAGCAGAGAAGAGAUUGACUUCGCUGUAGAAGUCGAGAUUCUCUCCCGUAUCCGUCAUAAGAACUUGCUGAGCGUUCGUGGCUACUGUGAUGAAGGACAGGAACGUCUUCUUGUAUACGACUACAUGCCGAACUUGAGCCUUGUCUCAAAUCUUCAUGGCCAGCAGUACUCAGGAGAGUGCUCUCUAGAUUCCACCGCUCGGAUAAAGAUUGCCAUAAGAACUGCGCAGGCCCUUGCAUACCUACACAAUCAUGUAGUCCAUGGAGAUGUCAGAGCGAGUAAUGUGUUGCUAGACUCUGAGUUUGAGCCUCGUGUUAUGGAUUUUGGAUAUGGUAAACUGAUGCCAGAUGAUGACGAAGCUACUAAAGCUAGAAGUAAUAACGGUUAUCUCUCACCAGAAUGUGUUGCGUCAGGUAAAGAAUCAGAAGCAGGUGAUGUGUACAGUUUUGGUAUCUUAUUACUGGAGCUAGUUACUGGCAAGAGACCAAUAGAGAGGCUAAACGCGACAACAAAGCGUGGGAUAACCGAGUGGGUGUUACCGCUUGUGUACGAGAGAAAGUUUGGUGAAAUAGUGGAUCAGAAGCUGGAAGAGGAGAAAGUGGAAGAGAAGCUAAAGAAGCUUGUCUUGGUGGGAGUCAUGUGUGUUCAGACAGAGGCGGAGAAGAGACCGACAAUGUCUCAAGUGGUGGAGAUGCUGAUGAAUGAAUCAAAGGAGAAAAUGUCUGAACUUGAAGCCAAUCCUCUCUUCAAGAAUCCAUGUAGAGAGGAAAGCUCAGAUGUGAUCUCAGAAGAACAACAAUAGAGAUUUUUUAGGCACAUUAACAUUUGUUCAUAUUGGCUUAGUUUCUGAGGUAUUGGUUAUUCUUUUUGUGUGUGUGUU